AUGUGCUUGAAAGCUCUAAAGGCUAUCUAUGUUCUGUUUAGGGAUGACCAUGUCAUGAAGCUCCCAUACUUUAUUGCAAUAGCUGGUUUUGCAUGUGGCCUUUUUGCCAUUGGGAUACCCCAUUUGUCAGCUUUAAGGGUUUGGCUGGGAUUUUCAACAUUCUUCAGUCUAGUGUAUAUCGUCACAACAUUUGUGCUGUCUCUUCGAGAUGGAAUUGAAGCUCCAGCCAGGGACUACAGCAUUCCAGGAACAACAACGACCAAGAUUUUUUCAACUAUUGGUGCAGCUGCAAAUACAGUUUUUGCAUUCAAUACAGGAAUGCUUCCAGAGAUACAGGCAACAGUGAGACAACCUGUGGUUAAGAACAUGAUGAAAGGUCUUUUCUUUCAGUUCACCGUAGGAGUUUUGCCAUUGUAUACUGUUACUUUCAUGGGUUACUGGGCUUAUGGAUCCAACACCUCGACCUAUUUGCUCAACAGUGUUAAUGGUCCAGUUUGGGUGAAGACAAUGGCUAAUGUUGCUGCCUUCUUGCAAACUGUCAUCGCUUUGCAUGUGACAAUCACCCCCCCUUACCCUGCUUUUUCUAUCUUCUUGGAGACCUAA